AUGGCGAGAACCGAUGAGCUCAAAGCUUCAAAUGUCGAGGUGGAAGUAUCCAAACAGCAUUCAUCGUGGCAAGCAGCUGGAAACAAUUCUCGCUUUGUGUGUCAAUCCAUUGGAUCCAUGCUCUUUUGGGUUGCAGUAGGGGGUGCCAUCACCUCGAUGUUGCUAACCACGCAAAAAGAGCAGAACAGCAACAACUUGUUACCCUCGACGAAGAUUCAAACCAACAAAGGCUCCGGUUGGUAUCUCGGUGGGGACGAUCCCGAGCAUGUUUUAUCAUCGUUACCAGAGAUCCGAUCACUCGAUGAACUACCAGAAAACUGGGACUGGCGUGACUACAACGGCACCGGUAUAAGCCUCACUACAAGUGUCUUGAACCAAAUGGUUCCUCGCGCAUGUGGAUCUUGCUGGGCUUUCGCAACCAUCAGCGCGCUUUCGGAUCGGAUCCGUAUCGCCAAAUUCAAGAAGACCGGCCGGCUGGAUGCAGAAGUGAUAUUGUCACCUCAAGUACUUCUCGACUGCGGAAUGCGUUCCUUUGGCUCGUGUCGCGGAGGAGAUCCUCGAUACGCUCACAAGUGGAUCUACGAGAAUGGUAUCGUGGAUUCGACAUGCAGUCCGUAUAUUGCAGCACACCCGUCGUGGAUUGGUAGUGGGGAAUGUGCCGCCACCCAAUGUCAUACUUGCACUAUGAACGGGGAUUGUUUUGUGGUUGAAAACCCGACGAAAUACUACAUUUCAGAGUAUGGCACACUGAAUUUCACGACGUCGGAGGAAUUUCAACUCCAAGCAAUGAACGAGAUUUACCAUCGUGGCCCGAUCGUUGUGAGUUUAUACUCGCUGACGCCAGAGUUCAAGCACUACACGGGAGGUUAUAUUCUGCGAGACUUUGAGAAGUGCCCCGGAACGACUCAUGUCGUGAGUAUUGUAGGCUGGGGCAAAGACGCUAAGACUGGGGUCAAGUUUUGGGCUGUUCGCAAUUCUAUGGGCACCCAUUGGGGUGAAAACGGCUACUUUCUCAUUGAACGGGGAAAUAACACCUACAACAUCGAAAACAAAGGUGCGUGGGCCGUGCCCAUCGUGUAG